AUGCACGUAUGCACCCUCGCCUUACAAAUUCUGAAACUUCUGCUCAACUACACAGACCCUAGAUGUGACAGGACUCCUCUUGAACUGAUUUAUGCGCUCGCCAAGGGCAGCUAUGAUCCCGAGUUUGUUUUGUACGCCGACGAAGAUGCUUCUCAGGACAGAAGUCUACCUCCAGCUGAACGUCUUUCGCUACGAAUCGCAAGCCGCUAA